AUGACCGGCGCCGAAGGUCGAGCGACCGCCGUCAUAACCACUAUUUAUCCAAACCCUUGCAUCCUUCCUCAUUCGAUGGACCCCACCUCCACAGAUUUUCGCGCUUUCUUCCCAUACACGCCCAAUGAAGUCAAACAUAGAAAGCGGACCACCAGCGCGCAGCUCAAGGUUCUCGAAACUAUCUUCAAGUCCGAUACGAAGCCGAACGCGAGCCGGAGAAAGGACCUCGCGAGUCAGCUAGAUAUGACCGCCAGAGGCGUUCAAGUUUGGUUUCAGAAUCGCCGAGCAAAAGAAAAGAACAAAGCAAGCAAAGCCGCCCAUGGUGCAGGAAAGUUGACCACCGGAGAAGCUGAUCAGCAACAGCCAGAGGAGUCGCCCUCCCCAUCUGCCGAACCCACUGAUACAACUGCCGAAUCACUCAACACUACGGAUAUCGCUGAUACAUCUUCACAGCCGCCCAGUCCCGUUGAUGUAGGGCGGCCAUUUUUCCACAUCAACACCCACAACCCCGUUACCGCCGACUCCUCAGCCAAUACCUCAUGGCAAAGUUCUCCCAUCGACCCGCCCACAUCCAUUUCAUCAUUUGCUUCAAGAUCUAGCAACAAUCUGUCCGAUAUUCCUAUCUCAAGUUACCGCCGAGGAUCCCUGCCUGUAAACGCCCUCCUGCCAACUUCAUCGACACAGCCUGGCUAUGGACCCCCGUUAAUCGAUCAAUAUGAUCCCCUCGCAAGAAGGCGGUCAGUUGAUGCCAGUCUACAGCGAUUAGCACACAACCCGUACGCUAGUGUAGCGAGGGCGCGGAAUGCGCAGUUGUUUGGGUCUACGAGGAUUGUUGCUCACGGGCAUCAUCAUCCAGCGGUUUACUAUGGGCCUGGUGGCCGCCCAAAUAUACAGCAUCGAUCCACCGUACCCCCCGAAAUGGACUUGCGGCGACCUACACACCCCAGUCGGAUGUCCUCCCUUACGCCGUGUGAUUCUGGUCGUCUCUCCGUCCCCAAUCACUUUGUCAGCCAACGUCCUACAACUCAACCUCUUCCAGGACCGUUACCUUCUCCUGACUUCUCCUUCGGCGCUCCCUAUCCCGAUUCGUCUCCCCCGUUGACAACACCAGCUUUGGACGACCGGAGUUCACCUGACUCUUUCCAAUUCAACUACCGAAGCGAUGAGCUUGAAACUGAAGACGACAGUUCUUUUGGCGGUCCGUCAAGGUUUGGGUCGCUUGUCUCUGUCGCAAGCGAUUCAAGUACGUUCUAUUCAACCGAGGGCAUGUGUGCUUUAGAAGACAGGCCAGAUAUCAAAUUCAUGAGAAGGGAUUCCUGCGCCCCCGUCUUCUUGGACAUGAUGAAAGGUCUCGAUGUCAGCCCCCUAUCUUCCCAUCGCUCCGACUCUCAAUUAUCCACCUCGUAUGCGGACGCUGGAACCCCUAAUGCUAGCGCGAUCCCGCCCGCUGACAGCCAGGACAUCAUAGAGGAAUCAAACGAGUACCCGUCACCCGCGACAACAGUUUCGCCCGGGGGGAGCCCGCCAGCUCUUCAGACCUCUGCUUCAUCUAAGAGCAAUGUAACAAUUUCGAGAUCGAGUGAACUAGCCUAUGCGCUGCAGGAGCCAAAAGCUGAAGUGCCCACACCUCCCGCCUCUCACCCUGACAUCCUGCCCUCAUUGGCCCAAUCAGCGGAUCCCAACGCACCCACGAAUCAUUCGGAAUUCAGCGACGCUUCUCUCCGUCACACGUACGGCAUUUACGAACAGGAGCCUUCUUACGCUGUACCCACUGGAUCAAAUGUGCCCAUCUACACGGACAAGUAUCCAUUCGAACCCGAGUAUCCUAUUGUUCCGGUUACGGUUUCUCCGCCAGAACAUUACCAUACUCGCGACAUGUACAGCAACUCACCAGGUGCUGUGGGUAUGACCACGCUGCCCAACGAAAAUCCCGGCAUGCAUAUGAGUCAUCAGCAUGGACACGACUACAUGCAGUGUGGCGCCGAGGAGACGGGGAUGUAUGGCAUGUACGGACAUAGUGAUGGGGUGGACAUUGUGGGCUCGGAGCAACGUUCAUCAUCGGCUAUGGACGUAUUACGGAACGUUGGGAAUGCUCUGCUGUCUGCCACUAGCCUUAGAACGGACCCUUUUUGCGACACCCGAGGCAAGGUCUAG